AUGACCGACGUCCCGACACUCCCAGAGGCACACUCGGGCAUCCCCGUCUACCUCCUGGACAAGGCCCGCGCCACCAAGGCGGCCGUCUACCAGCUCAAAACCAACGCCGGUGCCGACACCGACAUGCCCCGUCGGCGCGCCGUGCCUGCGCUUCCUGUGGGCGUGACGGCCGAGACGUUCCAGACGGCCAUGGCCGACCUGCGCGCUCGACUCGGCGGCAGCGAGCAUGUCGACAUUGUCGACCAGGCGCUCAAGGACGGCUGGUACAUGGAGCAUCCCAACACGCACGACAUGAUGACGAUUCUCGACGACGAGGAGUUUGUGGCCUCGGCGGUGGUCUAUCCGGGCAGCACGGAAGACGUGCAGACGGUCGUGCGCUGGGCCAACCAGUACCUGAUUCCCAUUUUCCCCAUUUCCAUGGGGCGCAACUUAGGAUAUGGUGGCGCCGCGCCGCGGGUGCGUGGAUCCGUGGUGGUGGACCUCGGACGACGCAUGCGGGCGAUUCUCGACAUCAAUGCCGACGACUUCACCUGUCUCGUGGAGCCGGGCGUGUCCUUUUACGCGCUGCACGAGGCGAUCCAGGCGCGCGGGCUGGGCGACACGCUGUGGGUGGACGUGCCGGACCUGGGCGGCGGAUCGGUGAUUGGCAACACGGUGGACCGCGGCGUCGGCUACACGCCCUACGGCGACCACUGGGCGAUGCACGCGGGCCUCGAAGUGGUGCUGCCGACGGGCGAGGUCGUGCGGACGGGGAUGGGCGCGCUGCCGGGCAACAACACGUGGCAGGCGUUUCCGUACGGGUUUGGGCCCUUUUCGGACGGCCUCUUUUCGCAGUCGAAUUUUGGCAUUGUGACGAAGAUGGGCAUGACGCUGAUGCCGAAUCCCGGCGGCCACGAGAGCUUUCUGUACACAUUUCAAAACGAGGAGGAUCUGGCACCGCUGAUCGACAUCAUCCGACCGCUGCGCAUCCGCAACAUUCUCGAAAACGUCGCCCAGCUUCGCCACGUCACGCAAUCCGUCGCCGUUCGCGGCCUCCCGCGGGCCACCUACUACGCUCCCGUGGACGGCCUGGUCCCGCAGGAUGUGAUUCACGCGGCGGCCGCCGCGAGCCCCGUCGGCGACCAUACCUGGGCAUACUACGGCACGGCGUAUGGCCCGCGCGAGGCCCGGGCGCCCAAACUGGCGGCCAUCGACGCCGCCUUCCGACGCAUCCCCGGCUGCCGCCAAAUCGACACGGCCACGCUGCCGGCCGACGAGUACUUUUGGUCGCGCGACCGCAUCGCGUCCGGCACGCCCGACCUCCACGAGCUGCGCUGGUGCCAGUGGGUGCCCAGCGGCGCGCACAUUGCCUUUUCGCCCGUCAGCCCCAUCCGCGGCGCCGACGCCACGGCGCUCUACGCGCUGGCGCGCGCGCGGCACGCCGAGCACGGCAUCGACUGCUUCACGGCGUUCUGCGUCGGCCUGCGCGAGAUGCACCUGAUUGUCGAGCUCGUCUUUGACCGGACGUCGGCGGCGCGCAAGGCGGCGGCGCUGGCGUGCCUGCGCGACAUGGUCGACGACGCGGCCGCGCUGGGCUACGGCGAGUACCGCACGCACCUGGCGCUGAUGGACCAGGUGGCGGGGACGUACCGCUGGAACGACGGCGCGCUGAUGGCGAUGCACGAGCGGCUCAAGGACGCGCUGGACCCCAACGGCAUUCUGGCGCCCGGGCGGUGCGGCAUCUGGCCGGCGCGGUACCGCCACCGGGGCUGGGAGAUGACGCGGGCGCGUGGCGACACGUCGGAGGGAACGAGUGUGGGAGGGGGUUAG